UGGCCUCAAGAGGGGAGGUGUGGGGAAACCACAUAAGAGAGGGGAGGGGAGGAGAGUGAGAAGCUUAACUGAGGGAGGGAUGGGGUGGACACAGGGAGGGAGGGGAAGAGGAAGAGAGGGGAAGAGGAAGGACAAUCCCCCCACCCCAGAUAACCAAUGCCCAAGGCGGGGUAUAUAUUAAGGCAGCGCAGUAUAGUGGUGACACACAAGACAGCAUCCCGCCCCUCUGUUGGUCCACACUGCUCCUCACUACAUCUUAAAGAUGAAGUACUCCUUCGCUGUGUUGGCCGUCGUGCUCGUGGCUGCGUCAGUGGUAGCGGCAGACCCGGACCCUGGGUUCUGGAGCAGAGGGAAACAAAGGAUAAGGGAUUCCGUGAAAUUUGCAAAAGACGCUUCACGAGGAACUAGUGACAUGCAUCGAGCUUAUAGAGACAUGCGGAAGGCCAAUUGGCGCAACUCCGACAGGUACUUCCAUUCCCGCGGAAACGCUGACGCAGCCAGUCGUGGGCCAGGAGGACGCUGGGCUGCCGAGGUGAUCAGCAACACGCGAGAGAUCACUGAUCGUCUUAGGGGAGGGUCGGCUGCUGACUCCGCCCGUGAUCAAGCGGCCAAUAGGUGGGGUCGUAAUGGUGGUGACCCAAACCGCUACCGUCCACAAGGUCUGCCCCUACAAUACUAAAUAUACCACUACCAGCACUCAUCACCUCGACCGCCACCUGGACUCUCCCUCCAGGUGUCUAGACCCCAUCUCUCUGUCUUCAGGAGUCGUGUUGUGGCGUCCUUCCUGGAUCUACUCAUCGCCCGUGCCUAUUCUCUGUGUUUGAUAUACUAGGAUUAAUUAUUUCCAAUGUAUAGCUUUUCUAUCCUCUUAUUAUACAUAUAAGUAUUAAUGUCUCAUCUAAAGAUUACCUCCAAAGUUAUUUCAUCUUAAAAUUAACCACCUUAACGCAAACCCAACGUAACCUAACCUAACCCACAGCCCCCAGGUAACGUUAGGGUGUUUAAUACAUCAGGUGAAAAAGUUUGAUGGGGUUAAUCCUUAGAUGAACCGUAAUAAUUAGCAGAAAAAUACUGAUGUUGUCUUACUAGGUGGCACAAUUACACUGAUUCUAAAACACUUCCCAUUUUUUUAUAACAUCAACUACAAGAUAUUUGAUUAUAUUCUCCUUUACGAUUUCUCAACUUUCCUGAUGCUCCUUUAUAAUAUAUCCUCAUUAGGUGUACAUAUGAAGUCGUUGUAAAUGAAUGUGUUACCUGACUGCAUCAAUAAAACCGCUCGAGCAUA